CCGGUCCGGCGGGUCACGUGACGACCCCCUGCGAGGCCGUCCAUGCUCAAAAGUUUUGUGGGGAGGUCGCGUUCGGACCUGGAGUCGCGACACUGAUUUCUUUUUCACGGAUUUUACCCUGUUUUUGCAGCCCCACGGACCCAACAACCUACACGGACACCCUCACGCGGAUUCUAGGAGGAUAUUCCGAUAGGAAACCUGCACCAACACUGCUGGAAUCGCGCGUAGUAGCCUCCGAUCGUGUGCGGAUACGUGGUUGCAGGGGACGCCAAGACUGUUACCGACCGGGAUAUAGGAAACCAACACAUCGUACACACAGCUCGGCUUUCCCCCGAUCGCCGCCCGACUUAAUCCUGUUUUGUCGGGCCGGAGUUGGACUGCCAGCCGUACGGGGUUCCCCGGGGACACGCUGGCCCCCGUCCGGCGGCGAUGAGGUGCGGUCCCGGUCGGGAGACGUGCCGUCGUGAAGCGAGCGAGCCGCACCGAGCCGCGGUUGUAGCGCCGGCGGGAGCCUGGUGCUGCUGACACCGCCCGCCCGCGCGCUAUGCCCCGGCGGACUUUACCCCUUACCUGGGCCGCCAUGGCCCCUACAUGGACGCUCCUAGCCUUCCUAUCCCUCCUCCUACACCCUGCCAACACUCAGUCUCACGAGGUUACCUUCCAAACGGAGGAGGAGCAGGCGGCAGGUACGUACAUAGGAAACAUAGUGGAGGCAUCGGGCAUAACAGGCCCGUUCUACCUGUCCCCAGACCCUAGCGACACGGAACUACUACAACAUCUCAGCAUAGACGAAAACACGGGAGUUAUAAGGAGCGGGAUAAGACUGGAUAGAGAGACUAGAGACUUCUACGAACUCCUUGCCGUGAGUACGUCGCUGGGGCAGGUAGUGACUGUGAAAGUUCAGGUACUAGAUAUAAACGACAACAGCCCGAGUUUUCCACAGAAUCUGUACGAGUUAGAACUCUCAGAAUCAACCCCCAUCGGGGUCAAGAGAAACAUUGACGAGGCACAAGAUGCAGACGAAGGUGUCUUGGGCGUCCAGAGGUACGAAAUCAACUCUGGAAACGUCGGAAAUGCCUUCAGAUUGGACGCCAGAAGGGGAGGGGACGGUGUCUUGUACCCAGAACUUGUGGUAAGCAAUGCCUUGGACAAAGAGACCACUCCAGAAUAUAAUUUGAUUAUCUACGCCUAUGAUGGCGGCACCCCUCCCAGAUCAGGCAGCACCACGGUGAGAGUUAGGGUAGGAGACGUGAACGAUAACCAGCCGAUAUUUACGCAGAGUAGAUACUCCGCAGAAGUUCUAGAAAACGCCACCGUAGGAACUAGCGUUCUCGACGUCACAGCAUCUGAUCAAGAUGAGGGACAAAACGGCGUCAUCAUCUACGGCAUCGACAGACGACAGAGCGACCCGGAGGAAAUGUUUGCGAUCAACUCGGAAACGGGAGUCAUCUCGGUGAACAAGCCGCUGGAUUUCGAGGACCGAUCCGUUCACGAGUUGAUCGUGUACGCGCGCGACAACGGGACGCAGCCAGAAAGGACUACGGCGUUCGUGUCUGUGAAUGUCAUCGACGUCAACGACAACCUUCCGACGAUUGACAUCACCUUCCUCAACGAGAACCAAUCAGCUUCUGUAUCAGAAGGUGCCGAACCCGGGGACUUUGUCGCGAGAAUUUCCGUCUCGGACUCCGACAACGGUGAGAACGUCAACGUUAACGUCACACUCGAAGGCGGCGAUGGCAGAUUCGGACUGACUACUCAAGACAAUAUCAUCUACCUGGUUGUUGUUGCAAGGCCGCUAGAUCGUGAAGUCGUACCGAACUACCAGAUCAGAGUCAUCGCGCAGGAUUCAGGAGCACCGCCGCUAACUGUCGACAGAACUAUCACGCUAGAGGUAACGGAUAUCAACGACAACGCACCAGAAUUUGUCGGAUCCUACGCACCAUCCUUGUCUGAGGCAGCUCCGAUUGGUACUUCAGUCUUCCAGAUCACAGCUCGAGAUCGAGACAUCGGAAUCAACGCGGAGAUCACGUUUUCCAUCCUGUCAACGCCUGGAACGCACUCGGAUUGGUUCACAGUGGAUCCCGCGAGCGGUUUGAUCACGACGCGCGCGAUCGUGGAUCGCGAGAUCGACCCUGCCCCUCGGAUUACCAUCGAUGCUACGGACCGCGGCACCCCGGCGUUGUCGUCCACCAUCCAAGUCACCAUCACGCUUUUGGAUUUCAAUGACAACGAACCCAUCUUCAAUCCAACGUUCUACAACGCCACGGUCUCGGAAGCCGAAGAUGUCGGACACUGCAUCGUACAGGUAAGGGUCGAAUUACACUCCCCAUAUCGGGUUACGUUCCAGGUGUGUUUGAGAGGCAUUAGGGGAGGGCAGGUCUCUCCAUCAGGAUUAGAGGAUGACUGUUUGCCUGUAUUGUGUUGGGCAGACAUGCCUGUAGCAUUUGCUAGGUCACAGUGCAGAGAUUGGUGAUGCUCCAUUUCCACAGCAAACACUGCCAAGUCUGGUCCCGGGGCCUUU